AGUGCGUAUGAACUGGUAGGAUGGUCAAACUAUGUCGAGGGAGGAUUCAGCAGGUAGUCUUUAUUAGAUCAGAGUCGCUGAACAACUGAAGAAGUUUUUUUUUUUUUUUCGCAGCACUACUGAAGACAAUGUUUCACAUUCUUGUUUUAUUCUGUUUGCGCUCUCUAAUUGGUGUGUUUAGUGAGUUAGUGUCCGUGACGGAGGGAGAUUCUGUUACUUUACACACUGAACUUACUGAAAUACAUGGAGAUGAAAUAAUGUGGAAUUUUGGAGCUGAAAAAACUAUGAUAGCUGAAUACAACAGAGUUUUUAGAAUCUACUUCACAUAUGAUGGUCCUGAUGGGAGAUUCAGAGACAGACUGAAGCUGGACAAACAAACUGGAUCUCUGACCAUCACAAACAUCACAACUGAACACGCUGGAGUUUAUGAACUACAGAUAAGUGGACUGGAACUGUUAUCAAAAAAAUUCAGUCAUACAAUUUCUGUCUAUGCUCGUCUGCCCAGUCCUAACAUUACCAGAGAUACUUCACAAACUCUUUCACCAUCAUCAUCAUCAUCACAGCAGAACUGUUCAUUGUUGUGUUCAGUGGUGAAUGUGGGUCAUGUGACUCUCUCCUGGUACAAAGGAAACAGUUUAUUGUCCAGCAUCAGUGUGUCUGAUCUCAGCAUCAGUCUCUCUCUACCUCUGGAGGUGGAAUAUCAGGAUAAAAACACCUACAGCUGUGUGCUCAACAAUCCCAUCAGCAACCAGACGAGACAUCUGGACAUCAGUCAACUUUGUUGGCCGUGUUUAGAUCAGCUACCUUCAUUUAACAUAGUGUUGGUUUCUGCUGCUGGAGCUCUGUUGAUUGUAGCUGCAGUCGUGAUGUGCUGCAUCUGCAAGAAAUGUAGAAAUAUUGACAGAAAAGUUCAGACGGGUGAAGAAAUGAUCACUUAUGCUGAUCCAUCAUUCAAAAAAAGAAAAGCACAAUUGAAAUUCGAAGAGGAGACUCAUGUAGAGUAUGCGUCUGUCACCAUGAGAAGAUGAUCAAACUUUUUCUAAUUACUGGAUCCUGCUGUAUGAUCACUAAAAGUUCUGUAUUAAGUCUAUUGUUGAGUUUUGGUGAGAAUCACCACAUGCAACCCACAAGACUUUCAUUCAUCUUCAGAAAAAAAUAAAUAAAAAUGAGGUAAUUUUUAAUGUUCUAUUACCUUUUUUGUCCAUCCAUUAAAAGUCUAUUUUGUAGCUUCAAAAAGUAAAUAAAGACUUGCUUGAUGUACAGAAAUGAUCAUCAAUUCUUCCUGCACAUCAAGCAUGCAGGUUUAUAUUUGAUGAGCUCUAUGAAUGUACGUUAAUAAAUGUUUAUAUGUGAAUAAAAGCCCAAUGUCUUUAUAAACUUUUUGAAGCUUGAAGAGAUUGGUUGUGUGGACUUGAAAUAAUGGACGGAAAAUGAUGAGAGAAUAUUAAACACACCUUCAUGAGUGUUCUGGAGAUGAACAAUUUUUAUGGGUUUGGAAUGACGUUGGGGUGAGUAUGUGAUGACAGAAAUUCAUUUUUGGGUGAACUAUCCCCUUAAAGUCUCAAAGCUAUGUGUGUAAUUCUCCAAGUGCAAAACAUAGAUGCAAAAUACUGAUCAAAAGUAGUCAGCGUGAACCCUGCUUUAUUCUGUACAGACAUAUUAUCUGUUGAGUGGAGUUUGUGCGUGAGAACGUGUCUACUGCUGGACGUUUGUGGUUGAUGUUUGUUCAUGAGGUGUCUAUAGCAUGUCUAUGAAUAGCGUGUGGUUGUAGGUGUUUUUUUGUUUUUUUCCAUUCCUACCCAGGAUACUCACAGUUUGACUUCUACUUUACAAAAACAACUUACUGUAAAACACCAUUGUUUGUAUUUAUUUCAUAAAACAGUUCAAUAAACAGUUACUAGUUAACAAAGUUAAUGUCUACAGUUGAUAAAUAAGUGAAUAUUUACUGAAAGUAAACCUACUGGCAAUGUUUUAUACACUGUAAAAAAUUGCUGUAAAAUUUACAGUAACUUACUGGCAAUUUUGGUUGCCAGUAAGACUGUAAAUUUACAAGAGUACUGUAAAUCAAUAAUUACAAUUGUACUGUAAAAAUACAGCAAACUCUUGCAUGCUGUAAAAUUGUUACGAUGGUGUGUAAACAUUUGGUAAACUUAUUUCAUUUGAUUCUACUAAGAAGGAACAUUUCUUAAUAUAAAACUGCAAACACUUAAUUUAUAAUAGUAAAGUUACUAAAAACAUGACUUUAACUCAAAUUGUUGCAGUUUAUCAUCAGCUAUAGCACACAUGCAUGUGGUAAAGCACUUAACAAAGAGAUCAUCACUGUAUCAGCAACUCUACAGUUACUGUCUUUAAAUA